UAGGCGUUCGAUAAGCGUUCGAUAGACGUUCGAUAGACGUUCGAUAGACGUUCGAUAGACGUUCGAUAGACGUUCGAUGAUGACGUCACGUGAAAUUGUGCCUUUUUCGUGAAAAUUCGUACCGCGAAGGAUUUUCCAUAAAGGAACAUUUCAAAUAGGGCCAAGGCGUAAACACAGCCGGCUAAGAAGUACGAUAGAAAAUAAUGACAAACCAAGAUAAUUAUUAUUUAUGCCGUGUUUGUCUAUCGUCGAGCAACGACAAUCAACCAAUCUUUUCCAUCGAGGAAAAUUCUACGAAAGAUAAAAGCGUUCACGAUUUGUCCCAAAAGUUAUGGCUAUGCGGAGGUAUCGAGGUUGCCGAGGACGACGGAUUACCCAAGCAUAUUUGUAUAAAAUGCAUUGUCAAAGUCAAUGCAGCUCACCAACUCAGAGAACAAUGUCAACGAGCGGAUGUCAAGUUGAGACAAUUAUAUGGCAAAGCGAUAAAGAAAGCUGACACUUUAAAAGAUCAAUAUUGUCAAACAGAAGAACACUUUUCACUUGUAACGAAAGAAGAGAAUAAUUAUUCUUUUAUACGCUACCACCAAGGUGUUGCUUCUCUUCCAGAUGAAAAAAGUAGCGAAACGAGUAGCGAAAAGAGUCGCGACAAAAGUCGCGACAAAAGUAGCAAUGUCCGAAUUUUGAAAGAAUCCGAUGAUGGUAAUAUCAAGACUAGCAAUGAAAUAAUAUUGUCAGAUAAUGAUGAUGAUGAUGAUGAUGAUGAUGAUGAUAAUAAUAAAUUAGAACGAUUGACGGACGAGGUGGCAGAUCCGGUGCCUGUUGUUAAAAGAGAAGCAUAUCGUACGAGAAGAUUGACGAUGUUUAAAAGAGUUACCUCUAUGGAAAAUUUGAAAAAUCAUAGAGAAAGACAAAGACAGUAUAUAAAAAAAAAUGGAAAUACGAAAUAUGACAAUGGGGAAAAGGAUGUGCUUUUAAAUGUAGAAAAUGUGUGUAAUAAGGUAGUUAGAGUUUCUUCCGCUACGCGUUCCAAUUUAAAUCUCAAAUGUACUCAAUGCAACAGAUGUUAUUCCAGUAAGAAAUCCUUAGAGAGGCAUAUUUUAACAACUCAUAAUAACGAAGCUAAAUUUCAAUGCCAAAAGUGUAAGAAAGAAUUCUUUCAAAUCGAUCAACUACUCCAACACGGUAAACUUCACAGAUCUAAUGAUAAAUCAAAGUUAGUACCGUGUAAAAUAUGUAAUAAAAGUUUUAGGAAAACUGAUACUAUGGUACGACAUUUGAAUGUUCACAAAAGAGUCAAUCCCAAGGAAGUAUUUUCCAUACUGAAGGAAAUUAGGGAUAGAAGGAAAUUGGAGAACAACGUGCAAUCCUUAGAAAUGAAUAAUCGCUCUGUAGAAGAUGAACAUUUGGAUGAUCGAAAGGCAGACGUUGGAUGGCCAUUGGAUGGCCACGAUAAUAAUGGUCUCGAUGAUGGGAUUGCAAAAUUAACAAGCAAACACGUCUCAGACACAGAGGACAAAAUAACAUAUUUCUAUACGUCUAGUUCGGAGUCUAAUAGCGAUAAUAAUAAAUCUGAUUCUUUCGAUGGUAUACCAGUUUAUCGUUGCAAGCAUUGCAUCAAAUGUUAUAGAAAGGAAACAUCUCUUAAGCGUCAUUUGUUAAAACACGAGGAAAGAAAAUUUGUUUGUAAUGUUUGCAACAUGAAAUUUGUUCGUCAAGAUAGGCUUAAAAGUCAUAGAGAUAGAUACGGACACGACGAGGAUAAAGAUUGUUCUAUACCUCAAAAACCGCCGGACGACAAGUUAGCUAUUAAGUUAAUUAAUAGUUGGAUUAGAGAAGAAUUGGAUUCGGAUAACGAAGGCAAAGGUUUCCCCUGUGAAAUUUGUGGCAAAUCCUACGAUACGAAAAAAUCCUUAUUGAAACAUCAGACGAAUACUCACGAAGUACAAGAAGAAAAUUGUUGUUUAAAUUGUGGUAAGGAAUGUAGUUGCGCAAUCAAGUGCAAAGGGAAUCGAAAAAAUAAUGAAAAAGAAAAAAACUUUACGUGCUUGGAAUGCAAUAAAAGUUUUGAAAAAGAAAUCAAAUUACAAAGACAUAUGCGAAUACACGAACGUACGAAAGAGCAACAAGAUUCGAAUUUCAAACGAUUUUUGUGUCAUAUUUGCAGUAAAACUUUUCGACAAAAUACUGGUCUUAUGUUUCAUAUGAGAACGCAUACUGGAUAUAAACCUCAUGUUUGCAAAUAUUGCGGACGAGGAUUUACGUCCAAUUCAAAUUGCAUUAAUCACGAGAGAACGCAUACCGGCGAUAGGCCAUUCGUUUGUCACUUUUGUAGCGCUGCUUUUGCUAAAUCUUGCACUCUCAAAGCACACAUUACUACGCAUACCGGCGAAGCUAAUUAUCAUUGUAAAACUUGCGGCAAGUCUUUCAGACGAUUAAAAUAUUUAAAGGAACAUAGAUUCACGCAUACAGGAGAGAAACCGUAUGCCUGCAAAAUAUGUGGAACAGCUUAUAGCCAUUCCGGUAGUUUAUUCGUUCACGAAAAAAAAUGUAAGGCCCAGUACAAUAAUUAUCAAACUAUGACGUCUAAUCAAAAUACUCUAAAUUAUGGUCAACAAUCUGAAGGAAAUACAAUACAAUACAAUACAAAUACAAAUACAAAUACAAAUCCGGCCGUUAUAGCUCCUAUUAUUUCAACAACAACAACAACAACAACAACAACAACAACACUGCCGCAAUCUCAUAUAAAUAAUGUUAAUAGUACUUUAGGUUCUCAAGCGAAUAAAACUUAUAUUGACAGCGUGCAAAAAAUGAACGCGCAUGCUGCUGCUGCUGCUGCCGCUGCCGCUACCGCAGCUGUAGUAGGUACGUCUUCGUUGCACGUACAUCCUAGUCCGGAUAUUACAGAUGUAGCAUCGGCGGUUAGAAAUAUUGCUAUUAUAGGACAAGUAUUUUACUCUUAAAAAAACAAAAAACAAAAAAGACUCUCUCGAUCAUCGAUCAAAUUAAAGAUAACCACCAACCAGAACCCUUCUGUGAUACAUGACAAUUUUUUCAAAGUCCUUAUUUGUCAACUACAUAUAUUAAGUCUAUAGAUAAACAAAUGUUUUUUACAUUCUUUUAAACGAAACUUUUAACCCUUAUGCGGGUUAUUUUAUACGUUAGUAGUAUUGUUAUUGAGGUAAUGGGUACACGAUGCUAUACAAUUAUAUUUGUCAUUUAUUUUUAUCAAUACUUCUUCAUUGUAAAUAGAGAUGUGCUGAUUUCUCUCUAAUGAAAAGAAAUAUAAAAACGUAUGUAUAUACGUACGUAUGUAGGUAUAAAAUCGAGAAGUAAUCUAUCCUAUUAAC